AUGUGGAAUGAACAAUUUUGGUUACCGAGAAAUACAACUUGGACAAACUUUACUGUACUCGAACAACAAGGUAUUCGUCUACCCCAAUUACAUGAUCUUAUUUAUGUUUAUCCAUUGGCUCUUCUACUCUAUGUAACAAGACUCUUAUUUGAAUAUUGUGUAGCUCAACCUGUUGGUCGAUUAGUUGGCAUUCGACUGGUGCAUCUACGUAAUUCACGUGUUAGUCUACUAGGAAAAUUUAGUGAAUCAUUUUGGCGUUUUAUUUUUUAUCUUUGCAUAUUUUUAUAUGGUGUAAUUAUUUUAAGGAAUAAAUCAUGGACGUGGGAUACAAAAGAUUGUUGGUUAAAUUAUCCAAAUCAUCGAUUAACAGAUGACAUAUUUUGGUAUUAUAUGAUAGAACUUGCAUUUUACUGGUCAUUAAUCUUUUCUCAAUUUAUUGAUGUUAAACGAAAAGAUUUUUGGCAAAUGUUUCUUCAUCAUAUUGCCACAAUAUCAUUACUAUCAUUUAGUUAUACGGUCAAUUUUGUACGUAUUGGUGCAUUAGUACUUGUAAUACAUGAUUGCGGAGAUUUUUGGCUUGAAAUUGGCAAAAUGGCAAAGUAUGCGCGGGCACAGAAAACAUGUGAUGUGUUUUUCGUUAUAUUUGCUAUUGUUUGGUUUAUAACACGUCUAUGUUACUAUCCUUAUAAAAUAUUGUAUACAACGACAUUUGAAGAACUAAAUAUUCUCGGUCUUUUUCCUGCUUACUACGUAUUCAAUGGUCUUUUAAUACUUCUACAAAUUCUUCAUUAUUUUUGGUUUUAUUUAAUUUGUCGAGUAGCUAUUUUAGCAUGUAAAGCGGGCAAAGUAACAAAAGAUGAUCGAAGUGAUAGUGACGGCAGCGAUGAUGAAUCAUCCAAUGGCGAUGUUGAUAUUCGUAAAAAUAAGUGA